CAAAGUGAAACACGAAUAUCAAGAAUCGGCAGCCGAAAUUUUUUUUUGUCAAUCACAUACUCCAAGAAGACGAAGAACACGAAGAAGAAGCGCAAUUACAACAUUGACCCGCUGUACCGCGUCGGCGGCAGCCAGCGGGGCGCUGGCAACGAAUUGCGAUGCCUGGACUUGUGGUCUUCAGGCGUCGCUGGUCUGUGGGCUCUGAUGAUCUGGUAGUGCCCGGUGCAUUUCUCUUGGCGCUUCACUUUAUAUGUUUUGUACUUGUGGCCGUCUCGUUAGUUUUAUUUGAAUAUGACACAAGUGUUUUAAGUGUUAAGCUAUUAUUCUAUCAUCUAAUAGGCUACUUGUUAAUUCUGUUUUUUUCAAUAUGCGUAGAAAUAGGAAUUUGUGUGAUCUCGAUGCGCGGCAGCAUUUUGGACUCCGAGGCGCGUACAUCGAUCAAUAUAUGGAUAUAUCUCAAAAGUUUGGUGAUAUUAUUUGAUAUUUCAUGGCUAAUAUUGGGCUCCAUUUGGCUGUCCCAUUUUUAUAUGGAAGCGCCCAUCGAUGAGGCCAAAAAGAUCUUUAUAGCCAUCAUCAUAUGCAACUGGACGUUGGUGUUUAUUACGCUUAUAACCAUCUGGUGCACAUUCGAUGCAGCCGGUCGAUCCUGGGUCAAGAUGAAGAAAUACCAGCGCUCCAUGCGAGAGACUGAAUCGCGAUUCAACUACAAGCGAAGCAACAGCAUGAAUCGCAACUGGCGGCAACGCAAAGUGAUGCGCGCAUAUCAGGACAGCUGGGAUCAUCGCUGUCGUCUAUUGUUCUGCUGCAUGGGCUCGUCGGAGCGCAAUCGCAACUCGUUUACGGAUAUAGCGCGGCUACUGAGCGAUUUUUUUCGCGAACUCGAUGUGGUGCCGUCGGAUGUGGUCGCCGGCUUGGUUCUGUUGCGUAAAUUCCAGCGACUGGAGCGCGAGGCAAUUGUCAGGCAGCGCAAGAAUGGAACAUAUGAGUUCCUCAGCGGUGUGCCCAUCACGGAGCACACACAGUUCCUAGCACUCAACGAUGCCAAAAACUAUGAUUUCUUUCAAACGGUCAUACACUACAUGUACUUUGCCCAGGGCGCCUACGGCUGGCCCAUGUACGUCAUCAUCAACCGCAGCAAAAUGUGGCAUCUGGUGCCCGAGCUCAAAUGCUUUGGCUGCUGUUGCGGCAGUGGAGACGACAGUCAGGUGAUCCAGGACAAUUGCUGCUACUGCAACUAUGCGGCGCUGAAGAAGACUCUGCAGCUGGGCGACAUUGAUAUCGUCUAUGCCACGUACCAUGUGGAUGUGGGCGAGACGCCGUUCUUUGUGGCCGUGGACUACACGCAGAAGAAGAUUGUGAUCAGCAUACGCGGCACGCUCAGCAUGAAGGACAUACUGACCGAUCUGAAUGCUGAGGGCGAGGUGUUGCCGCUGCAGCCGCCGCGCGACGAUUGGCUUGGCCACAAGGGCAUGGUCCAGGCAGCCAUCUACAUACGGAACAAGCUGCAGCAGGAGAAUCUCAUUGAGCGUGCGCUGCAACGCAAUGCGGAUCGCUUGACUCACACUUUCGAUCUGGUGCUGGUCGGGCACUCGCUCGGCGCCGGCACUGCGGCCAUCUUGGCCAUUCUGCUCAAGCCCGAUCAUCCGACACUGCAAUGCUUUAGCUAUUCGCCGCCCGGCGGACUGCUCAGCAUGCCAGCCGUGGAGUACUCCAAAUCGUUUAUUACGUCCGUGGUGCUCGGCAAGGAUGUGGUGCCGCGCAUCGGCCUCAAUCAAAUGGAGGCGCUGCGCGCAGAUCUCAUCAAUGCCAUACAGCGCAGCGUCGAUCCCAAGUGGAAGACCAUUUCGUGCUCGGUCAUCUGCUGUGGCUGUGGUCCGGAGCCAACCUCUGUGGUCAACAUGUCCGGCCAGGACACGCACAUCAAUCAGUACCAGGAGGAGCGCGGCACAGCACGCUCGACCAGCGCGCAUCCGACGGACAGCUCAAUAGCUUUAACUCUGCAUCAGCCCUUAUAUCCGCCCGGCCGCAUUAUUCAUAUUGUGCGGCAUCAUCCCAAGCCCGAUGAGCAAAAAUACGACAGUGGUUGGAGGAAUGUGCUCAAGAGUCGCGAGCCCGUCUAUCAGGCGAUCUGGGCCGACUCAACCGAUUUCGAUGAGGUGCUCAUAUCGCCUGUCAUGCUGCAGGAUCAUAUGCCCGACAAGGUGCUCGCCGCGCUCAAGAAGGUUGUAACGACUAGCGGCCCACGCAAGCCCCAGCGCCAGACCUCGAAUGCAUUCUCUACCACGUCCAUGGAUCAGGACCCCGAUCAGCAGACCCAUCAGCGGGACGGCCAGGACGCGGACCAGGAUCCGAUGGAUCGGCCAUUUGCUGGCGCCGCCAGCUUAGUACACCAGGAGCUGGUCGCUGUGCACGGCGAAACAACGGCGCAUUGCAAACGUCCAGCGGACAGUUCCUAUUCGAAUUUGAGCAACUGCAUCAUGCUCACGCCAACGGCCCAGCACAAACUCUGCCUGGAGACAUCGUUCACCAAUCUGCAGCAUCAGCUGGAGCAGCGAACGGCCGCACAGCCGUUGGCUGGCAGCAAAGCCUCGUCCAUAGCGGGCAGCAUCUUUGGACGCAGCCAGCUCAGCUCCACAACCACUCCAUAUGACAUAUCAAGCGUCCUCGACGACAGCAUCACAACGAUGACCAUGCGCAAGAGUCCCUGCUCCAUGCUCAGCGAAACGCCAACGGUGCUCGUCAACGCCGAGGCUGGCGAGGCGCCACGGCUGCGCGCGGUCGCGUUCGACAUGGCACCGACGCCUCCGCCGCUAUUGGAACUGCAGCCGCUGGCGAGGCAGCACUCGGAGCGUAAGCCUCGAUCCCUGCCACUGACGCAAGCGCUGCGUCGCGCCUCCUUGGCCGGCCAGGCGGUGGACUUGCUGCACGACGACUGGUAUGGCCUGGCCCCGUUGGCCAGUCCCGAGACGCUGUCCGAAAUCUCGAGCGUGUCUUCGCGCAGCAGCGUGCCGAUCAGUUUGGCCAACAGCGUUGAGCGCUACCUGCAGCACAUGGGCGUGGCUGCUGCCGGAGUGCCCAAGGUGCCGCUGGAGGACAUAUUCGAGUCGCAGCUGCAUACGCCCAAGGUGAUGCGCCGUGCGCCAAAGUUCACUGAGAAUUUGUCCGGCUGUGCCGAGGACACGCGCAAUCUGGACCAGUACAAGCGGCUGGGUCGUGUCUUUGUCACGUUCCCGCGCAUCUUCCCCGAGCCCGGCGCUCAUCAGCAGCUGCAGUACAAGCACAGUCUGGGCCUGGACUCUAACUCCAGCGACGAUAGCUUCGAGUCGGCGCACAGCCUGCAUCGGCUACAGCUGCCGGCGACCGUGCCGUGCGCCGCCAGCUCCAAGUCGGCCGACCAGCUGGAUGAGGACGUGCGCACGUCGCCCGUCAAAAAGCUCACGUUCAGUGACAGCAACAUCCUGGCCGACGAGCAUUGCCUGCGUCUAUGCCCCCACUGUCCUUGUCGGUGGGAUGGACGCGAUUGCUGCACGCGCUCGGAGCAUGAUCAUCAGCAGUGCGCCAAGGCGGAGGCGACAACAACAGCGACGGAACAGGCACAGGCACAGGGACAGGCAACGGCAAUGGCAACAGUUGGCUCCACGGACACCAACAGCAGCUUCUAUAGCGCCAACUCGCAAGCGUCGCUGGAACAGUUUGCCACGCCCAGUCGGCAACAGGAGCCGCUGAAGCUGAAUGGCGGACAUGCGCUCAAUGAGAUAAUUAUACGUCCUGGCGUGCUGGAGUCACACUUUCCCGUCUUUGGCGGCGCUGCUCAGCCGGAGACGCCGGCCAUUGUGGCGCCAGCAUCGCCCUCGCCCAUAAGCAACGGCGGCAGCAAGAAGCCCGAUGUGGUUGGUGGACGCGUGCGCAAGCGCCUGUCCUCCGAGGAGUUUGUAUUCGCGCGCAGCGAGGAUCUUCCCAUUCUAGUACAAAUCGGUGAUAGGAGCAACAGCGGCUCGCCCUCGACCCGCAAGCAGCGACGCGGCUGCUGUGUGUAUCCCGUUGGCAACAACAUACGCAUUGCCGGUGCCGAUGUGGACGCAGCUGCUGCGACCGUCGCCUUUCCCACGUCCAUUAGCAAAUACUCCCGCACUCGCGUCGCUGCGGCGGCGGCGUCGGCAGCGGCAGCGGCAGCAGCGGCGGCGGCAGCAACUGCCAAGAAAGGAAUAGAAAAUAGCGAAAGUAAUGUUUAAAAAGUAUAUAUAUGUAUGUAAGUGUAGUUGAAUGCAGUACCUAAGCAACCGCAACCGCAACCGCAAACGCAACCGCAACUGAAACCGGAACCGAAACCAAAAGAUUAUUCCAUUUAUUUGCGAUGUGCACCAAAUGAAAUGAAAACCAGAAUAGAAAGCAAAACUAAAUGAAAUUACAAUUUCGCAUACAUACCAACAAUAUAUAGCGUGU